AUGAAUGGUAAUUAUCUUCCGGAAAAAGUUUUACAACAACUUUCUGAAUAUUUUUCACCGUUGGAACGAUUGAAGCUACAACAAUGUUGCAAGCGUUUUUAUACAAUUUUUGGAAAAUGGUUGGAUAUUACAGCAUUGGAUAUUCGAAUCGUUGAGCAAAAUGAUGUUGAUAAACAUAUGCUAUUUGCUCGAGGUAUUGUACAAUACUUCAAAAGUGUCAAAUCUACAUAUCAUAUAGAACUCACGGAUACACGUGGUGCUAUCUUUAAUCUAAAAUUCAAUUUUAAUAAAUAUGCAAAUCGAGCGCUAAAAGUUAUGCUUUCUAGUCAUUAA